CGGCAGGACCUGGCCCCCGCCCCGGCAGCGAUGCUGGACCGAGCUGGGGUCUGGGGUCCACGGCCUGGAGCCCCAGUUUGCCCUCGGCCAGGCGGGGGACGAGGGGUGCAUGGCUGCCCGCCGCCUCCUGCUCAGCACCAUGAAGCAGAUCUGCCUCUGUGCCGCUGCCUCCUUCGCGAGCCAGGACUGGACCAAGAACGAUGAGAAGCUCCUGCAAGCUGUGGACUACAACGACGCUGGGAGGGUGACGUCGCUGCUGCUCCGCAAGGGCCUGGUGGCCACCAAGCUGGACUCAGAGGGCAAAUCUGCGUUCCACCUGGCUGCCAUGCGGGGGAACGUGGACUGCCUGGAAGCUAUGCUGGCCCACGGCGUGGAUGCCAUGACCAAGGACAGCUCGGGUUACACUGCCCUGCACCUGGCAUCCAAGCAUGGCCACCCACAGUGUGUCAGCAAACUGCUGCAGGCCUCCUGCCCUGUGGACCUGGCUGACAGCAGUGGCAAAACAGCUCUGCACCACGCAGCGGCCAGCGGCUGCAUCUCCUGCUCGGAGAUCCUCUGCGACUUCAAGGCUCCUCUGAACAUCAAGGACAAGGAUGGCUUCACGCCGCUGAUCCUUGCUGCCAAGAUGAACCACCCGGAGCUGUGCCGGUACCUGCUGCACCGCGGAGCCGCCGUCAACAGCCGCGACCAGCAGGGGAGGACAGCCUUGAUGCUGGCCUGUGAGAAUGGCAGUGUGGAGACCGUGGAGGUGCUGGUCAGCGCCGGUGCCAGGGUGGCCUUGGUGGACUCCACAGGCCACGAUGCUGCUCACUACAGCCUGGCCACAGGCAAUGCUCUCAUCCAGCACUUCCUGCAGGAGGCUGCCCAGCGCCGCUCCUGGGCCACUGAAGAGGAGUCAGUUGGGCAGACAUCCCAGGCAUCUUCUCCCAGCCAGUCAUCUGUCAGGGACAAGCAGAGCAGCACCCCGAGGAAGAGGAAGGCUCCUCUGCCUCCCAUGGGCACCUCCAGCCAGGAGGACCGGGAUGCCUAUGAGGAGAUCGUGCGGCUGCGGCAGGAGCGAGCCCAGUUCCUGCAGAAGAUCCGGGGCCUGGAGCAGCAGGAGAAGCAGAGACGAGAGCGAGCAGAGCUGGAUGAGGGCUCCCUGCGCUCCAUGGAGAAGCAGAUCAAGGAGCUGAAGGAGCGGCUGGCAGCGAGGGAUGGUGAGAAGGAGAGGCUGGGCAAGGAGGUGAAGGCUCUGCGGAGCCGCUUGUCCUCCCUGGAGAACGAGAAGGAGAACACAAGCUACGACAUCGAGACGCUGCAGGACGAGGAGGGAGACCCGCUCGAGUUUGCAGGGGCAGAGCUGCUGCUGUCCAAGAAGACGCUGAGCCCCUCGGCCGAGGAGCUGCUGGCCACGCUGCAGGGGCAGGUGCAGUCCCUCACCGUGCAGAACCAGGAGCUGCGGGAGAAGAUCCAGGUGCUGGAGAACUUCGAGCGGGACGAGAGCAACCUGGCGGCGCCGGGGGACGUGGUGCCAGCCAGCCUCUACAAGGCUCUGCAGCAGGAGCUGGAGCAGCUGCGGGCGCAGCGCUCGGAGCCGCUGCGGGGCACAGGGGCCAGGGAGGAGGCCGGGGGGCAGCGGGAGGGGCAGAGCCGAGCCUCCGAGCAAGCCCCGCAGCAAACCGCGGAGGGGAGCGCGGCCAAGGAGCCAGCCAGGGGCGAGGGCAAGGCGGCACCGGGCGAGCUGCGGGUGCCCAAGACCUCCUCCUCCUCCUGUGAGCGGGAGGCUGGUGCCGAGCUGGCAGAGGCCCGGGCAGCCCUGCAGCAGGCGCAGGCAGCGCUGAAGGAGAGGGAGCAGCAGGUGAAGGAGCUGCAGGCCCGUUUGGAGGCUGUGGAGCCGACGGCCUCCCCGGAAGAGGCGUCAAGGGAGAAGGAGGCUUUGCUGGAGCGCUGCAGCCGGGCCGAGGCCGAGGCCGAGGCGCUGCGGCGGGAGGCGGAGGCCACGGCCAGGGAGCGUCGAGCGGCCGUCGGCACCCAGCCGGAGCCAGGGGCGCUGGAGCGGAGGGUGGCGGAGCUGGCACGGCAGCACGAGGAGGCGACGGCCCAGCUGGCGCAGCUGCGGGAGGCGCUGCGCCGCAGGGAGGCCGAGCUGGGCGGGCUGCGGGAGCAGCUGGCGGCGCGGCCGGUGGCGCGGCAGCAGCACGAGGAGGCCCUGGAGCGGCUGCGGCUGGCGCGGGCGGAGGCGGAGGGCAGAGUGCCGCGGGCGGAGCACGCCAGGGCCACGGCGGCGCUGGAGGAGCAGGCGCGGGAGCUGCGGGAGCGGGCGGCCAGGCUGGAGGCGGCGGCGGAGGCCAAGGGGCGCGAGGCCGCCCGGCUGGAGGCCGAGCUGGCGUCGGCCGUGCCGCGGGCGCAGCACGAGGCGGCGCAGGAAGGGCUGCGCGCCGAGGCGGCGGCGCUGGCCCAGAGGCUGAGCGAGCUGUCGAGGCGCCACGAGAAGACCUGCGAGGAGGUGUUCCGCGUCCAGCGCCAGGCGCUCUUCAUGAAGAGCGAGCGGCAGGCGGCCGAGCAGCGGCUGGCGGACGCCCAGCAGCAGCUGGCGCAGGCGCAGGCGGAGGCGCGCAGGCUGCGGGAGCUCCACGGCCACGCCGAGGACUCGGCACGGCUGGUCAGGGAGAGGGACAGGAAGAUCACUGAGCUCUCCAAGGAGGUCUUCAGGCUGAAGGAAGCCCUGAACACCCUCCCUGAGUCCCGGGGACCGCCGCAGUCACCCUCAGACAGUGCUGCACUCCAGGCCAGGAUCCAGGCACUGGAGGAGAAGCUGGUGGAGACAGAGAAGCGGCACAGCAAGGUGGUGACGCUGUACAGGAGCCACCUGCUCUAUGCAGUGCAGGGCCACAUGGAUGAGGAUGUGCAGAGGCUCCUGUGCCAGAUCCUGAAGAUGCAGCGGCUGCAGGAGCAGGGCCGGUGAGCCCCUGCCAGCACAGAGGUGGUGGCACAGCUGGGCGACACGCCUGAGGGGCCAGGCCCGUGACAGCUACCUCUGUGCCCCUCUGCUUCUCCGGGCUGCACCCCGGCACUGGCACAUAUGCACUCCCCCACCCCCCAGCCCUGCUGCCCCCCACACCCCAGCA